UUCAUGCCAGUUUGACAAUGCGGCACUCACAGCGCAUGCGCCAGAUUACAGGAAGCGUUAACAUUUUUCUUCCAGCAGCAGCUGAUAGCUCCACUGUCAACAGAAAAGCCUGGGACACCUGCUGCCGCUCAAACACGAAAAACACCGGAAGAGUACAAAGAUCAAGCCAGCCCCAGUAACGAGUGUCUGCUUGGGAGGCCACUCGGGUCACUGUUAGAGCAGCAUUCCAGGGAGGAGGCCCAUCCCCCCAGCCGUCUCCUGCACAGGUCGGUAUGAGCUCCAGAGGGAGCGGCAGCCGAUCCAACGGCUCGCUACCGCAGACCAAGAUCUGCCAGUUCAAGCUGGUGCUGCUGGGGGACAUGGCUGUGGGCAAGUCCAGCCUGGUGCUACGCUUCGUCAAGGGACAGUUCGACGAGUUCCAGGAGACGACUAUAGGGGCUGCGUUCUUGGCUCAGUCAGUGUGUUUAGACGACACCACAGUCAAGUUUGAGAUCUGGGACACAGCAGGACAGGAGCGAUACCACAGCCUGGCUCCCAUGUACUACCGCGGAGCUCAGGCCGCCAUCGUCGUGUUUGAUAUCACUAAACCGGAGACCUUUGAGAGAGCCAAGGCCUGGGUGAAGGAGCUGCAGAGGCAGGCCAGUCCAAACAUUGUUAUCGCUCUGGCCGGAAACAAGGCUGAUCUUGCUGAGAAGAGACUGGUAGAAUACGAGGAAGCCCAGACAUAUGCUGAGGACACCAGUUUGCUGUUCAUGGAGACGUCUGCCAAGACAGCCAUGAAUGUCAACGAGCUUUUCUUGGCUAUUGCAAAAAAGAUGCCAAAAACAGACACGCAGAACCCAACACACGCAGCACGACAUCGGGGAGUGAACCUCCAGCAUCCAGACGCCCACUCCAGCCGAGCCUGCUGCGGCGGAAACUAAAGCUCCUGAACCACCCCGCUGUGUAUUAACAUCCCCCCCACCCAUCCGUUCUCCCCUCCACCACAGUCCUGAAACCGCCACGUCGUGUUGCAGCAACAUCCAGAGGUUAGCCUGAUGUAGGGGAACCUGACGUCCGCUCCCCUCUGUGUGUUGCGCCCAUCCUCCAGUCCAAGCAGACAGAAACCCAAAGGAACGGGGGAAGACAGAAGAAGAAUGAUGCCAAUUGAAUUAAGGGCGGACACUUGAGUCUGCCCACCAGACUCUGAGAUUUUACUUUUGGAAAUAACAGGCGAAGACCAAGAUUGAGAAGUGCAAAACAAAGGAAAUGUGCAAGGCAGCGGCAAGCCUGUUGUAGUAUUUAGCACCAAUUGUGAAAAUCCUGUUUCUCUCUGCCUUGCUUCAGUUUACCCACUGUCCUGUUGCAUAAACUGAACAGCACAUUCUUGUGAGUGGACAGAAACCAUUAGAAAAGGGAGCUUUCUUCUUCUUUGUGGAGCUUGCUUUGUCUGAUUUUGAACUGAUGAAAAGUCUGCUGUGAAUACUGCCUCAUACCACCGUCCUGGAAUGACCUGUAACCCUUCUGUCAUGCUUGAAAAGAUCCAUAUCACAAUGUCUCAAGUGUGUCAGCCUGGUCAAAUUUCUAGUGUGAUGAUUUAGACUUCAUUGCCUUCCAGCUGUAAUAUUCCAGCCUAUCCAAAUCAUGUCCUGUAGUCUAGGUAGAAACUUAAAUUUACUACAUGAGGCCAACGUGUUGGCGCACACAAAGCUAAACCUGUUUGUAUUUUAGGUAUUUCAGAUGCAAUGUUGAGAAACUCCCUGCAACGUAGUGCAUGGGCAGUGAUGAAGAAAGAGGGGAAACUUUACCACAACACUAUGGCCUUGAUGUGGAGGGGAUGUUGGGCACUAAACACAAUGAACAGCGGGGAAAUCUAAAGCAUUCGGAUUGGCAUCAAAUACCAGGAUCCUGCUGUGAGUAGAUCUCUUAAACCGACUGAAGGGCUGCACUGAGUAAUAGAGGUGAUUCGAUUGCAGAUAAUGCCAUGGUGUCUGCUUCUGUGCAUGUAAAAAUUCUCGCCUCAGAUCACUGAUAUCCUGGGGUUGUUUGUUUAGUUAUGUGGAAGAAAGCAGAAAAGAUCUAAAAUGAAUAUCAAAACAACCCAAGUUUCCCUGUGGGAUCUUUUCUGCCCGUCUUCUGGUAAAUGUCCCUUGUUUGUCUCUUGUCACGGUGAUCUUAGAUGGUUUUCUGAAUUAACUUAUUUUCAGACAAUGCUCUUGAAAUGAGUUAGGUGUGCUUGUUAGCUGUCAAACCUGGCCGAAGAAAACAGGAAAAAAAAAAUGUUGGUAAAACACGAGAACAGAAGUGCCUACUCCAAGUUUUCUUUUUCCUUGGUGUGACUUUUAUUUUAUUUUUUGUGGACAGGGCGCAGGAAAAGCACUUCCCUGAUACUGGCUUGUAUUUAAAACAACAUGGCGUCUUGUCGUUAAGCUACACUGUAAUGGCUCUUUGAAUGGAUGUAAAGAGAUCUUGUCAAAGACACUGUAUGUCAUAUAUUGUCCUUAUUUUAAUGAAAGUGUAUGUUGACUUUAGCAGAUCACACCUGUAAACCUGGAAUGGAUUGUUCAAAGGACUCUAAUCAGUGUUAUAAAUCUAUUUGAUUUAAACCAAC